CGCUUUCCUCGAGUGAGGACUUUAAGCGCGACUGUCGUAUAUUUGGUUGAUAUCCAGGACUGUCAAAUAUUAUUGUUGUGCGGUACUUGAGAGAUUUUCAAGUAUUGUCAUUGACUGAAAUCGAUGAAAAAGUGCGUCGAGGUACAGAUGCAUCACGAUAAUAGCACUGCAGACUAGUUGGUAUCAGUUGCUACUAGCACUACCAGGGGUACCAAAGCAGAAAGUACAUAAAGACAUAAGAGUGCCGGUUAUACUGUGUAAACAUAAGCGACGUAAACUUUGUGAUACAUACACUUGCGCCAUCUGGACAUCAGCUGUGUGAAGGAUUAGAAAUGAUUGUUAUAGUCAGUCGACUAGAGGGGACGUUGAUCUUUUGAGUUCCGGUUUGUUGGAUGACUUCCGGUCGGACCAUCCCUUGACUAUGACGUUAUUUAAUACAUGCUAUUCCUGAUCAAAAGGUCAUGACAGUGGCGACCUCAGAAUGGACGGUCACGAUAUUCAGGAACUGGUGUCAGUAAAAGAAAGUCUGACUGCCCUUGGAGGACAUAACCGAAUGUUAAUUCAUUCUCCAUCUAUAGAAGAUGCUGAUCUUAGUAUGGGCGGAGGCGGUGCCGGCGGUUCUGUUCUUGGUUUACCGGCUACCGGUGUCGCUGGAGUGUUGUCGCAGCACUGUGCAAUUUGCGGUGAUCGUGCCACUGGGAAACACUAUGGCGCAGCUUCCUGCGACGGCUGCAAAGGCUUCUUUCGACGAUCGGUUAGGAAGAAUCAUCUUUAUACCUGCAGGUUUAGCAGAAAUUGCGUAGUCGACAAGGAUAAACGCAAUCAGUGCAGAUACUGCAGACUACGAAAAUGCUUCAAGGCUGGUAUGAAGAAGGAAGCUGUGCAGAACGAGAGGGACCGGAUAAGCUGCAGAAGACCAAGUUACGAGGAGCAAGGGAACAAUGGAGGUGGACUUUCAGUGGUUUCGUUGCUUCAGGCAGAAAUGCUCAGUAGAAAGGUCGGCGCGGCCUUAGAGUUGCGCAGUCCGGGUAACGAGGUCGACCUUAGCACCAAGCAAAUCGCUAGCAUCAACGACGUGUGCGACAGUAUGAAGCAGCAGUUACUCAUCUUGGUCGAGUGGGCCAAAUAUAUUCCGGCGUUUGGUGAACUCACCCUGGACGAUCAGGUAGCUCUUUUGAGGGCGCACGCUGGCGAGCACCUUCUUCUUGGCGUGGCGAGACGCAGUAUGCACCUUAAGGACGUUCUUCUGCUUGGAAACAAUUGUAUCAUCACAAAAACCUGUCCUGUGAUAUCAUUACCCACAGAAGGACGCAGUCAAGACCUGGACAUCAGUAGCGUCGGUGUCAGGGUAAUGGACGAGCUGGUGAAACCCCUGAACGAGAUCCAGAUUGACGACACGGAAUUCGCCUGUCUCAAAGCCAUCGUGUUCUUUGAUCCGAAUGCGAAAGGACUGAGCGAACCGGGGAGGAUCAAGCAGCUGCGUUACCAAAUCCAGAUAAAUCUUGAAGAUUACAUAAGCGACAGGCAGUACGACAGUCGCGGACGCUUUGGCGAAAUUCUUCUAACGUUACCAGCCCUGCAGUCCAUCUCUUGGCAGAUGAUUGAGCAGAUUCAAUUUGCAAGACUCUUCGGCGUCGCCCAUAUUGACAACUUGCUCCAGGAGAUGCUCCUGGGUGGUGCUACUGCAGAAGUUAACGGAUCCACGUCGCCUGUACCGGCUCCCAAUGCGCCCGGUAGUUACGUCAGUAGUAACGGAAGUCCCAGCAGUCCUCUGACACCGGCUAAUGCUGGUACCUUAAGUCCCCAGGAUCAUAUGCUAGCUGCUGGUAGUCCGGUGAUGAUCAUGAGAGAUCUCACACCUAUAAACACCCAAGAAGACACCACGACGGUCGCGGGUUUUAGAUUAUUUAAGCAGGAGCCCAGCUUGGAACCUGAACCGACCUUCUGACUAGACGGGGAAUUUCGGAUUUCCUCAGGUGAAUUGAGUUGCUGAAUUGGUUGAUCGGCCGAAAGUCUCGAUUUUUUGGGAAUUUUUCUGAAAUUCUAUGGGAUCUUGACACGGGAACACGGGGAACACGAAAAAGAAAGAUCCUCGGGGUACGUUUAGUGUCGGAUAUUUACGAAGAUCUUCGUAUUUCAUGGAACUCUGUAAUUGCCAAUUCGUAUCUGUCCGUACGUCCAAUAACGUAGAUUUCAUUUCACUUGACUAUGCGGCCAGUACAUUUUUUGGCUCCUGAAUUUUCCGGGACAAGCAUCACUAGUAUUAGGGCUAGCCUUGAGAAUAAAAAACUGAGGACUUUGCAACAGGGUUACGAGAAUCUAUUGGAUUCGUUUGAGAGACGUGGUGUGUAAAAAAGACGUGGAGCAGGUCGCACUCACGACGAUGGUGCUCAAAACAAGAAAUAUUGCUCAAUUUAACGUUUGCGCGCUUAAUAAGUACGCGACUUGAGUCGCGAAUAUCAAAUCAAAAUGUAUGAGUUGAUUUAAGUCAACCAUUUUUAACGUUAUCGUCGAAUAUUUCAGUCAUUCGUCUUUGUUCCAAUAAGCAAUAACAACUAUCGUAAUACCAAUCAAGUUAGUUUAAUACCAAUCAAGGGAGGACUGUCCGACAGAUAUUAUAUUUCCGCGACGAUAUUACGUUAGUACAAGUCUGAUCUGCUUAACGAUCUUCGCUCAAAAUCGCCCUUAGAAGCAAACAUAAGUAAUUGAUAUGAAAGCGGAUAUUUCUAAACAAUGCAACUAUAAUGACAAUAGUUAGUCGAAAGCGAUUGGUUUAAUAGAUAUAAUAAGUAGAAAAAAAAAGGAAACAAAAUGUUAUUGUGCCUCAGUCGUAAAUCAAAGGAGGUAUAUAUUAAAAAAAAAAAGAAGAAAUAACAUCAUCGUGUUCUCAACGUCACAAAAUUUUUUACUUGAUGCAAUGCGAAUCCACGAUCGUUUGUAAUAUUGAAAAUACAAAAAGUUAUAUUUUUUAAAAAAUAAAAAUCACUUAUUGAUUACUCAACGAUUGUGCCUGUGACUUUGAGUCGACGAUAUGCAGAUUUUAGUGUUAACGUAUUUCACACGUACAUGCAUACGUGGUGUAUACAUGGAUAGGAGAAAACACGCACCAAGAUGCGCGCAUGUGCAAAUAUUAAAUUUGUAUAUUUUCUUAGAAGUUAUCAUAGCAUUCCAAAAAUCGUGCGAUAUUUAAUCGUAUCCUUUUUAUAUUGUGAAUAGUCUCGAUUUGCCAGCAAAAGACGUAAGCUCCAGCGGGUAUAGCACGUUUUUUGAAAAUGUACGCCAUUGCAAUGCAAUUUACUUUAGUGACACCGUGACAAGUGGUGUGUCGUUUACGUACUUUGGGUUUCAUAUUUUGCAAUACACGUAUCUUUUUCAUACGGAUGUCAAUGCAGGAAGAUUACGCAUAUUGUUAUACAGUAUGAAACGGAUAGUACGUGCGACUUGUAUACUAAUAUUAAUAAUAGUAGCAAUAAGUCUUAACGAAAGCUGUCCUUACAAUUAACGUAAAAAUCGUAGGGCCGGAUAACAAGCAAUAGUAGAGUAAAGAAAAAGAAAAAAGUUAAUCGAAACAAGCAUAUUUCACGAUUAGCAGAAGGAUAUACUGGGACGAUAUACUGGGAUGAAAUUGAAUUGCGGAUAAGAUUAAUGCUCUUUGAAAAAUUUAUUUAAUCGAGGUCAUUGAUCUUCUUAUUUUACUGAACCAUUUGUAAGGUUUAAUAUUGCGAAUACUGUAUCGUGAAUCAUGUUAGAACGUUAUCUCUUAAUGAGAACUUUAUAUAAAGAAUAUGAAUUAAUUGCAAAGGUUACUUGAAAAAUAUUAUCAAUCAAACUCAUGUGUCACGUAAUCGAUUUCAUAUAAUUCACGUUAUAACUUUUAAUCAAAAACUUUAUCCUUGUAAAGUGCCAAUGCUGGACGCGCAUCCCUUACGGAAAAAAAUGCAUUUAAUUUAGCCUACUUCUUCUUCUCUAUGAAUUUACAUCCUUCCUCAUAUUAUUUAGUAAAGUUACCGGCUCUCAAGUGCCACUGAGGAAAGAUGGUUAUUGUUGUUGUUGUUGUUUUUGUUGUUAUUAUUGUAGAUAAAUCAUAUGGAGAAAUAUAAGGAUGAUGAAAUGCGCGCCAGAAAUAUAAUUUUUUGAAAUACAGGAGUGAAUUAUAAUUUUUUGUUUUCAGGUUUGUAUAAUUCAAAAUUACAAGCUGUAUAGUGCGUACAGUAUAUACAGAAUGUAGAGUUAUGGCUCACAUGUUAUCACAGUAUAAGGCUCAUUCGAUGAUAGCGAACAAAUUUUGUAUUUUUCUAUAAAAAUUAUUUAUAAUUUAGUGACGCUCCUGUAUGUGUAUAUGUAUACGUAAAGGUGUCAUGAGGCAGGGAAAGUCAUUGAUAAUAUAAUAGAGAAUACGUAUCUAUCAAUUUGAUAAAUCAGCUAUGCCAUUUUUGCGUAUCAAUAGGUUAUCCUUAACGUUAUUCAAUCAUGGGUUGUGAACUGUAGACGUUAUCGUUGUCUGUUAUUUGAUUUGUUUUUCUUUUUUUUUUAAAUACUGUUGAUAGUUCUCUUAUACGUAUUGGUUUCGUUAUGGAUACGCAAAUGCGACGUUUAUUAUUGGUUAUUUAAUAAUUAUAACAGCCGUUUGUAAUUUUAAAUAAAGGGAUAUGUGAUUUAA